UUACAUACUUAACCGCGGUUGGAUCGAUAAAAAUGCCAAUCGGAUUCCAACAUAUGAAGAUCUAAUUUUGGAACAUCAUGACGAAGAAAAUGAUGAAUUUGAAGAAGCUGUCGAUAAUUUCGAAAGCAAAUAUAAUUUUCGAUUUGAGGAAGAAGGUGGAACAAAGGUUGCCACAUAUUCCCGGAAUGUAAUUGAUUCUGUACGAAGGUCAGACAAUAAACGUAAAAUUCAGCGUCAAGUACGCUCUGAGCGUAAGAAUGAAGAAAAGAAACGCAAAAUGGAGGAACUUAAAAGGCUUAAAAAUCUCAAAAAGAAAGAAAUUUUUGAUAAAUUGCAGAAAAUAAAAGAAAUAACGGGAAAUGAAACUGUUGGAUUUGACGAGGUUGAUUUAGAAGAAGAUUUUGAUCCUGAAAAAUAUGAUAAAAAAAUGCAAAAUAUCUUUGAUAGUAAUUACUAUACUCAAGAGGCAGAUGUUGAUAAACCGGAAUGGGAAGAAGACAUUGAAGAUAUUGUUAAUAAAUACAGACAUUCUAAUUCUGAAAAAUCAAAAGAGGAUGAUUCUGAAAGCAGCGUUGAUGAUGAUGAUGAUUUUAUAAUGGAUGCGGAUUAUUUACCUGGAGGUGAAAAAUACGAUGAGACAAUAGCUAAAAAAAGUAAAUUGAGA